ACUCUAGACAUCACAUGGGCAACGAGGGGGUACUUCCACCGUUACAACCUCUCUCUCUCUACAACUUCUUCACUCCUCACUGACCCUCUUUCUCUCUCUACUUGUAUCUCUCGCCCCCCUCUCUCUCUAGAAAAUUGAGGUGAAUUGUUGAGGAAAGAGGUGAUGGAAGAGACUAGGUUGUUGCAGUGGAGUGUUAUUAGAUCCAUUAUUGCAAUUGUUCAAUGGUGGGGUUUUAAUGUUACUGUUAUUAUCAUGAAUAAGUGGAUCUUUCAGAAACUGGACUUCAAGUUCCCUUUGUCAGUAUCAUGUAUACAUUUCAUAUGCUCGGCUAUUGGUGCGUUUGUGGUUAUCAAGGUGCUAAAGCUUAAGCCUCUUAUUAUGGUUGAGCCUGAAGAUCGUUGGAGAAGAAUAUUUCCCAUGUCAUUUGUGUUCUGUAUUAACAUAGUUUUGGGAAAUGUGAGCUUGCGUUACAUUCCUGUUUCUUUUAUGCAAACCAUAAAGUCAUUUACGCCUGCAACCACAGUGUUUUUGCAGUGGCUAAUUUGGAGAAAAUAUUUUGACUGGCGAAUUUGGGCAUCUUUAAUUCCAAUUGUUGGCGGCAUACUUCUCACUUCAAUGACAGAACUUAGCUUUAACAUGCUUGGAUUUUGUGCUGCCUUAUUUGGCUGUCUCGCUACUUCAACUAAAACUAUACUUGCUGAAUCGCUACUUCAUGGCUACAAGUUUGACAGCAUUAAUACCGUGUACUACAUGGCACCUUUUGCAACUAUGAUCUUGGCGGUGCCGGCCCUAAUACUGGAAGGGGCUGGGGUGUUACAAUGGUUUCAAACAUGUCCCACUCUUUUCUCAUCACUUGUCAUUAUUUUUGGCUCAGGAGUGAUGGCUUUCUGCCUUAACUUCUCCAUAUUUUACGUGAUUCACUCCACAACUGCUGUCACGUUUAAUGUUGCUGGAAAUCUUAAGGUUGCUGUUGCCGUUACAUGUUCAUGGAUGAUAUUCAGAAAUCCAAUCUCGGCCAUGAAUGCUGUUGGAUGUACUGUGACGCUUCUUGGAUGUACAUUUUACGGGUAUGUGAGGCACCUGCUCUCUCAACAGCUACUGCCAGUAACUCCUAGGACACCACGAACUCCACGAAAUCGUAUUGAGCUUGCCCCUCUUAUGAGUGAUAAGUUAGAUGAUAAAGUUUAAUGUAAUUACUUAUAAAAUUAUGUUCCUAACCUGGGAAUAUAUUAAAAGGGACUACAACUUAUAUAGAAUUGUUUCCAAAAAAGCCUUUGAUUUUUUUCGUGUAUUUCUUUAUUUAGAUCAAUGAAAAGAAUACGAGUUUAUCCUUUUAAA